AUGACUGAACAGAUCGAACGAGAAAGGAGUAAUCACAGAGGAAAUCACCGAAGAGGAAGAGGUCGAGGAAGAGGAGGCCGUGGAGGGAGCAGAAAUCACAAUAAUUCAAAAAGGGAUGGAAAUUUCAAAAAGCCAGAGCAAGUGAAAACGAUAGAAGUUGAAGUCAAGCCGGUGAAGAUCUGCGUGGAAUGCAAGAUAGAAAGCCCAAAGUACAGAUGCCCUGCCUGCCUGUCAAAUUACUGUAAAGUGGAAUGCUACAAGAUCCACAAAACAACUUGUGUCCCGAGAAAGCGCAAACCCGCCAAGAAACCUGGAUUGAAGGAAAUCGACUCUGUAAUAUCUCAAGACAAAGUAGAAGGCCACCGACUGGAACGAUUGAACACAGACUUGAUCAAACGGCACUUGUACAAUCCCCACUUGCGGCCAAUGCUAGAAGAGAUUGUUUCAGAGCGAAGCUCGACGGAUAUUCGAUUCUUGCUUGACCAGGCGAUGCAAGAGCCAAUUUUUGCCGAGUUUGCGAGAGAUGCAGUUGGAACGAUGUUCCCUGAAGAAAUCGAAAAGCAGAAUGAACAGCCAGAACUAGAAUUUUUGAAAAAAAUUUCAGAAUAA